CAGCGGGCGCUGGGGCGGUAGAUCUGUCCUCGGCCCAGGGCGGGGAUCUCCAGACGCUGCGGGCCAAGUUCUGCCAGGAAAGUCGGGAACCAUGGCGGACAGCCGAGACCCAGCCAGCGACCAGAUGAAGUCGUGGAAGGAGCAGCGGGGCGCGCAGAAACCUGAUGUCCUGACCACUGGAGGUGGCAAUCCAGUAGGAGACAAACUUAAUAUUAUGACCGCAGGGCCCCGAGGCCCCCUUCUGGUUCAGGAUGUGGUUUUCACUGAUGAAAUGGCGCAUUUCGAUCGAGAGAGAAUUCCUGAGAGAGUCGUGCAUGCAAAAGGAGCAGGUGCCUUUGGCUACUUUGAGGUCACGCAUGAUAUCACCAGAUAUUGCAAGGCCAAGGUGUUUGAGCAUAUUGGGAAGAGAACUCCCAUUGCUGUCCGAUUCUCUACUGUUGCUGGAGAGUCUGGCUCAGCUGACACAGUUCGUGACCCACGUGGCUUUGCAGUGAAAUUUUAUACUGAGGAUGGCAACUGGGAUCUUGUUGGAAAUAACACUCCCAUUUUCUUCAUCAGGGAUGCCAUCCUGUUUCCAUCCUUCAUUCAUAGUCAGAAGAGGAAUCCUCAGACACACCUGAAGGAUCCUGACAUGGUCUGGGAUUUCUGGAGCCUACGCCCUGAGUCUUUGCACCAGGUUUCUUUCUUGUUCAGUGACCGAGGGAUUCCGGAUGGACAUCGGCACAUGAAUGGAUAUGGAUCACAUACUUUCAAACUGGUUAAUACCAAUGGAGAGGCCGUUUACUGCAAGUUCCAUUAUAAGACUGACCAGGGCAUUAAAAACCUCUCUGUUGAAGAGGCAGCAAGACUUUCCCAGGAAGAUCCUGACUAUGGCCUUCGAGAUCUAUUCAAUGCCAUUGCUAAAGGCAACUACCCCACCUGGACUUUCUACAUCCAGGUCAUGACCUUCAAGCAGGCAGAAACCUUUCCAUUUAAUCCAUUUGAUCUCACCAAGAUCUGGCCUCACCAGGACUACCCUCUUAUCCCAGUUGGCAAACUGGUCUUAAACCGAAAUCCAGUUAAUUACUUUGCUGAGGUGGAACAGAUAGCAUUUGACCCAAGCAACAUGCCACCCGGUAUUGAGCCCAGCCCUGACAAAAUGCUGCAGGGUCGCCUUUUUUCCUAUCCUGACACUCACCGCCACCGCCUGGGACCCAACUAUCUUCAGAUCCCUGUGAACUGCCCCUACCGCGCUCGCGUGGCCAACUACCAGCGUGAUGGCCCCAUGUGCAUAAACGACAAUCAGGGUGGUGCUCCAAACUACUACCCCAACAGCUUCAGUGCUCCUCAGGAGCAGCGAUCGGCCCUGGAGCACAACACCCAGUGCUCUAUGGAUGUGAAACGCUUCAACAGUGCCAAUGAAGAUAAUGUCACUCAGGUGCGGGCCUUCUAUAUGAAGGUGCUGAGUGAGGAAGAGAGGAAGCGCCUGUGUGAGAACAUUGCUGGCCAUCUGAAAGAUGCACAACUUUUCAUCCAGAAGAAAGCAGUGAAGAACUUCACUGAUGUCCACCCUGACUACGGGGCCCGAAUCCAGGCUCUUUUGGACAAGUAUAACACUGAGAAGACUAAGAAUGCCAUUCAUACCUAUACGCAGGCGGGGUCUCACUUGGCUGCAAAGGAGAAAUCUAACCUGUGAGCUCUGGGCCUCUUCCCUGGCAGAGCUCCACCUUGGGAAAAGCACAAUAUAGUAUUCACACCUUUCAUCUGCUCCCCAUUGGAUGGAAGGUUCUCCAAUGCUAAGGCGCACCUAUGAAAGCUAAUGUCUUUAAAAUGAUUAUCCAGGUUUCUCGAGCAAUAAUGCAUCAAUGGCUUUUAAUGCUUUUUCUCUAGGGGAAAAUAAAGGUUAGAGCUUACGGAUCAUUUAACUGAAACAUGUAGUUACAUAUGGCAGCUGGUUGAAUUAUUCAUUUAAAAUGACUAGUGCCCAGAGACAUGAUUUUGAUUGAUUAAAAAAAAAUUGUGGCGAAAAUCAGUAAGUCUACCUGUUACCUCAUGGCCUAUUAUAUAAAAAUAUGACUAUAAUUAUACAAGAAGAAAAGAUAAAAGGUGAUCCAUUCAAAACUUUUUAUUUUUCUAAGGUCCAUACAGGCAAAACACACUUGAUGUAUCUAUCAGUCUCUAUAGGAAUAAAACUUAGACCAUCAUAGCUCAGUGUUUAUUCCUAUUUGUACUGAUCAGAUUUUUUUUCUCACUUGAAAUUACAUUUAUGCUAACACAGCAUUGAUCUCAAUUUGUAAUUGCUUACGUUUUUAACUAUAAAAUAAUCUGAUGUAAGAAGAGAAGAAUGGUGUUUGAUUUCUUUUGACUUCAUAUAUAAUUUGGAAUGUGCAACCAGGUAAUUUGAUAGUUUGCUAGUUGUUUACACUUAAAUGUGAAUGGGCUGAUGUCAUGAGUCACUGUGUUAAGUAGUCUUCCAAACAGCCUUUUGGAACACUUAGGAAAUAGCACAUACCCUGACUUUGAACACCACUUAUGUCUCUUAUCUGUUAGCUAAAUUACUUCUUAGGAGUUUAAAAAUAAACCUUUAGAACCCUCA